UUGACGCCGGGAUCACACACAACAUUGUGAUGGCAGAUACAAAGGUAUAAAAUUGUUGCCACGCGUGUCUGUGGCAACAGACAGUCUAGUUCUGAUCAGAUGCGCGCUCAAUACGGACUACAACCAUGGGAGCUUCGGAGUUCGCUGCUUUUCUCACGCUUCUGCGACCUUUGCGCGCUGGUGACUCUGAAAUGCCACUGAAGUCCAAUGAAACCCACUUCGGUGAUGUGUUGUUUUGCAGAAUGAGAAAGUAAGGGGAUACGAUAAGAUGAAAAUAAAUGGCAGCCGACUGAUGAACACUUCUUCACUGACCCCGCACGAAGUGACACUCAGUCGCCCUGCAUGGGUGCCUACAACUUUGGGAGGGUUCUUGAUUUUCACGAUUGUCGUUGACAUACUGGGCAACCUCCUUGUGAUUUUCUCCGUCUACAGAAACAAGAAGCUAAGGAACGCAGGGAACAUCUUUGUGGUGAGCCUGGCGGUGGCAGACCUGGUGGUGGCUGUGUAUCCAUACCCCCUGGUGCUGGUCUCCAUCUUCCACAAUGGCUGGAACCUGGGCUUCUACCACUGCCAAAUCAGUGGCUUCCUCAUGGGCCUGAGUGUGAUUGGCUCCAUAUUCAACAUCACUGGCAUCGCCAUCAACCGCUACUGCUAUAUCUGCCACAGCCUCAAGUACGACAAGCUGUACAGCGACAAGAACUCGCUCUGCUAUGUGCUGCUCAUCUGGCUGCUGACCGUGGUGGCCAUCGUGCCCAACUUCUACGUGGGCUCCUUGCAGUAUGACCCGCGCGUCUACUCGUGCACGUUUGCCCAGUCGGCCAGCUCGGCCUACACCAUCGCCGUGGUGUUUUUCCACUUCCUCCUGCCCAUCAUGAUCGUCUCGUACUGCUACCUGCGCAUCUGGAUCCUGGUCAUCCAGGUGAGGCGGCGCGUCAAGCCCGAGUUCCGGCCCAAGCUGACGCCGCACGACGUCAGGAACUUUGUCACCAUGUUCGUGGUGUUUGUGCUCUUCGCCGUGUGCUGGGCGCCGCUGAACUUCAUCGGGCUGGCCGUGGCGCUCAACCCAGCACGCGUGGCACCGCUCAUCCCUGAGUGGUUCUUUGUCUCCAGCUACUUCAUGGCCUACUUCAACAGCUGCCUUAACGCCAUUGUCUACGGACUGCUCAACCAAAACUUCCGGCGCGAGUACAAGAAGAUCGUCGUGUCGCUGUGCACGGCCAAGAUGUUCUUCCCGGACAGCUCCAAUGACGCGGUGGAACGAUGUAAGAGCAAACCGUCGCCGCUGAUGACGAACAACAACCAAGUCAAAGUAGACUCUGUCUGAAUGAGCACUUUCCCUCUAUCAUGCGGCAUUUCACUGUGAGAAUGAAGACAUACCAAAAACCAA